GGGAAGUCGAUAGUCGCAUAGUGUCUCAAUUGUUGACACUAAUGGGCGGGUUGAAAUCUCGUGCUCAUGUAAUUGUCAUUGGGGUUACUAAGGACAUGAUAGUAAAAAGUGAAUACGUUCAUCCCAGUAUUUCCGUCAAUCUGUCUCAAGAUUAACACGGAGGAGGUAAAUCACGAGUGGCUAUUAGCUUUUAGAAUAGUGACUAGCACAUAAGAGAGGCAUGUAUCUCAGUUUUGCCGAGAUUCGAACCCCAGAUUUCAUGGUGACAACACCUCAUAUGCUAGCCACUAGAUCCAUCCGAAGGGACAGGGAUUACUAAGAACAUGAAGCUAUCUGAUAAUGUAAUGCAGGUUGAUGUGGAAAGAAUUGCAAAGGACACUCAUGGACGUGUUGGUGCUGACCUUGCAGUUCUGUGCACUGAAGCUGCUCUUCAGUGUAUGGGUGAGAAGAUGGACAUAAUUGAUCUAGAGGAUGAAUUCAUUGAUGCUGAGAUUCUUAACUCUUUGGCUGUUACAAACGGGCAUUUUAAGACUGCUUUGGAGACGAGUAACCCAUCUGUCCUCCGUGAAACUGUAAAUUUUUUGCUUUGGUACAUUUAAUUAUAAUCAAUUUAUUUUUGGAUUAUGAUUAUUCAUGUGGCACCUUUGGAAGUGGUUGUAAGAAGGAGGGUUUGUAAAUGAGAAACCAACCAGGAUUUUUUUGAACAUUUAGAAAUCUUUGUAUUGGAAUAUUAUGAAUACAACAAUAUUGUACUCA